CGUCACAGUGGAGGUCCGCCAUAUUGUGUCUGAUACAGCACAAAUAUCGCAGUGGCGCUGAUUUGCCGGCAACGGACCGACAGUUGGCUCUACGGAUUUACAACGGAUCUUCGGGGGGAAACACUUCGGUGGUCACAUUGCUCACGGGGUAUUUUAGUGAGAUUAUAGUCAUACCUGAAAGUCGGAUGGCUGUGGUGAACGCCAGUGUCUCUGAGAGAAGCCGAGGAGCCAAGAUCACAGCUGCCUUUUUGAGCUGCAGGACGAGGUUGCGUAAUCCACGCAAAUCUCAGAGAGAACGCCGUGCCCCCUCCCUUGUCCUCAAGUAACCCCCUCCUAGACCCCUGCCCUGUCUCAAUCAAACAAGCCUCGACCCUCCCUCCUUCCCCUCCCUCUUACCCUCCCACCCUCCUUCCUAUCGCUACGUCUGCCGCUGCUGCGAAAACCCACCACUCACUGCCAAACUGUCGGACAUGUCGGGACCCGUGCCAAGCCGGGCCAGAGUGUACAACGAGGUCAACACUCACCGGCCGAGGGAGUACUGGGACUACGAGUCCCACGUCGUGGAGUGGGGAAACCAAGAUGACAUUCAGCUGGUGAGAAAGCUCGGCCGCGGCAAAUAUAGUGAAGUCUUUGAGGCCAUCAACAUCACCAAUAACGAGAAAGUGGUUGUCAAGAUACUGAAGCCUGUGAAGAAAAAGAAAAUAAAGCGCGAGAUCAAGAUACUGGAGAAUCUACGUGGAGGCCCCAAUAUUAUCUCCCUUAUUGACAUCGUGAAAGACCCCGUCUCUCGGACACCUGCCUUGGUCUUUGAACACGUCAACAACACCGACUUCAAACAAUUGUACCAAACGCUGACAGAUUACGACAUCCGAUUCUACAUGCACGAGAUUCUUAAGGCUUUGGACUGUUGCCACAGUAUGGGAAUAAUGCAUCGAGAUGUCAAGCCUCAUAAUGUAAUGAUUGAUCAUGAACACCGCAAGCUACGUCUUAUUGACUGGGGCCUGGCAGAAUUUUAUCACCCCGGACAGGAGUACAACGUCAGGGUUGCAUCACGUUACUUCAAAGGACCUGAGCUUUUGGUGGACUAUCAGAUGUAUGACUACAGUCUAGAUAUGUGGAGCUUGGGAUGUAUGUUGGCCAGCAUGAUCUUCAGGAAAGAACCUUUCUUCCAUGGCCACGACAACUAUGACCAGCUGGUGAGAAUAGCCAAGGUUUUAGGAACAGAAGACCUCUACGACUACAUCGAUAAGUACAACAUUGAGCUGGAACCUCGCUUCAAUGAUAUACUUGGAAGGCAUUCUCGUAAGCGGUGGGAGCGUUUUGUCCACAUUGAAAACCAGCAUCUGGUCAGCCCUGAAGCCCUGGAUUUCCUGGAUAAACUCUUGCGCUACGAUCACCAGGCCCGGCUGACUGCCCGCGAGGCCAUGGAUCACCCGUACUUCUUGCCCAUUUUGAAAGAGCAGUCUCGCAUUGGAGCUGGAGCUGCCAACCUGCCCAGUGGGAACCCGACUGUUAGCACGGCCAACAUGAUCACUGGGAUUUCUGCCUUGCCAGCUUCCACUGCCUUGGGUGCACUCACUGGCACGCCCGUGUUGUCCACCCCCACCAACACUCUCACCUCCUCUGUGGUCGCCACCCCGGGGGCCCCACAGUGACGUCCCUCAUCCAACAGCCGUAACUCCACCAGUUCAUGUGACUUCUCUAUGAGCGCUGACAUCCAUGCAAAGGAACACGUUUCUGUCGACCAACUCGUCGACCAUUAUGAAAAAGUGCCCGCUUACGUCGACAUCCAGACACAAUACCGUCAUUUCCAUGAAACGUGUUGACGAGCCUCUCAUUACAAAACGCGCUGACGUCGACAUAAACGUGUUCCGGUGUAGACGUUCAUCACUUGGACCAAAAAAAAAAAGAGCACAUCCUGUACAUUUGCUGAAGGGGAUGCUGGUCGUCAUGGUUACAGUAUUCGCAUAUGCUGCUUUUGAAUGAUUUCGAGACAUAACCAAAGUUACGAGAAAGAAGAGAAUGCUUUUAUUUUGGAGGAGUUAAAGGCGGACAAACACUGGGGGUAAUUUUUUCUUUUUUUUUUUUUAAAACAUGUAAAAAACUAAGGAGGCGAGAACACAAUACGAACUAGAUGAGGCAAUUCCAAGAGGAAUUGAGUGUGAAUGCUCCAAUUCUGACGUUUAACUAAAAUCCUGGAAUUUUUUUUUAGAAUUGUUGAAGUAAGAGCACAAAAUUCCCAAACAGGCUGAUCAUUUUGAAAUUGGAGCAGUUUGAAUCAGAUGAAAAAUGUGGGACUUGUGGAACUUUGAAGAAUGCCCCAUUGAUUUCAAUGGGAAAUCAAUGGGACAAUUUCCCAAAUUUCCCCAAAAAUGAGGGAAUUUCAGGAAAAGCGGGAUUUAAAAAAAAAAAACUGUAAAAAACUUGAAUAGUCAGAAUAAGUUGAAACGGUUGGUGUUGGAAUUUUUUAACUCGGUCGAGAAAUGUUGAAGUAGCAACAUUUUUAAUUGAGAAAUGGUAUUGAUGACUUCCUGGAGUUUCAGGAAAACCGGGAAUUUUUCCAGUUCGAAAAACAACUUUGUAUUAUGUCCUGAUUAGGAGGAAUGUUUUGAUGGUGGAACGGUUGAAGUGGGUUGAAAAAUGUGGAAGGAGUAGUUGCCAGAAAAAUGGUUUGGAAAAAAACGGGAAUUCUGGGGAUUCCUGGAAUUUGUUUUUACUCGUAAAAAUAAUAGUUUGAAUCUCCAGGAUGGUGAUCGAUGUUGAAGGUGGAAUGGUUUGAAUCAAUUGAAAAAUGUGGAAAUGGUGAAAGUUUGAAAAAUGGCCAAUUCCUUUUGAAUGGGAAAAAUGUCCCAGAAAACCUGGAAUUCUGGGAAAUCUAGGAAUUUUUCCAAAUUUUCAAGGAAAAGCCCCGCGAUUCCCGAAUAGGCGGAACAGCUUGAAGUUGGAACGGUUUGAAAUGGGUGAAAAAUGUAGAAGAAGAAGACGUUUAACUAGAUUAUGCAAUUCCUGAAGAAAUUGCAUAUGAAUGCUCCAAUGCUGACGUUGAACUGAAAUCCUCGAUUUUUUUUUUAUAAUUCUUGAAGUAAAGCACACAAUUCCCAAACAGGCAGAAUAUUUUGAAGUUGGAACAGUUUGAAUCAGGUGAAAAAGGUGGGAGUUGUGUAACUUUGAAGAAGGUCCCAUUGAUUUCAAUGGAAAUUUACCCAAAAUUUGGGAAUUUCGAAAAAAGCGAUAAUUUUUUUUUUUAAAUGGUAAAAAACUUGAAUGGUUUAAAUAAGUUGAAAUGGUUGGUGUUGGAAUUUUUCAAAUCGGUGGAGAAAUGUUGUAGUAACAUGCUGAGUUACAAAAUGGUAUUAAGGAACUUCGGGAAAACCGGGAAUUUUUCCACUUCGAAAAACAACUUUGUUUUUGGUCCUGAUUAAGAAAAAUGUUUUGACGGCGAAAUGGUUGAAGUGGGUUGAAAAAAUGUGGAAGGAGUAGUCGCCAGGAAAAAAAUGGUCAAAAAAUGGUUUGAAGAAAACGGGAAUUCUGGGAAUUCCUGGAAUUUUUUUGAAAUUGGAAAAAUAAUAGUUUGAAUAUCCAGGAUUAGUGGAAUAUAUUGAAGGUUUGAAUCGCUUGAAAAAUGUGGAAAUGGUCAAAGUGUGAAAAAUGGCCAAUUCCUUUUAAAUGGGAAAAAUGUCCUGGAAAACCUGGAAUUCUGGGAAAUCUGGAAAUUUUUGGAAUUUGUCAAGGGAAAGCCCGCGAUUCCCGAAUAGGCUGAACAGUUUGAAGUUGGAACGGUUUGAAUCGGGUGAAAAAUGUGGAAUGUAGAGCGCGCCAAAAUCUGGAGAAGAAAUUGAUAAACAAAUUAAUUUUGGUAUUAAAACCAUAUAUGUGAAUGUUUUGGAGCAUUCACACAGUAAUGUAUGCCAACAUUUUCCACCAGGGGGAGCUGCUCGAUUCUACUCCUAGGUUCGGGGACGUGUGCUAAAAAUAUUAACUUGAAUGUUUGGCUGGCAGGUGAUUAGUUUGUGUUUAGUUGGGUGAACUUGAACAUUUUAUUGCAUUGUUGACGUGCGAGAAAAAGCUGACGGAGUUCAUGAGAAGCACUUGAAAGACAUGUUUUACAUCUUUUCUAAACCUGUCAAAUGCAAAGAAAUCCUACAUGUUGAGUCUCGACACCAUGUAUAUAUUUUUAUGUCCUCAUGUAAGAGACGAGCGUUUGCCAAGAUUUGUGUAAAUAAAGCCUUUUAUUUAUCA